CGUCCAUUGUGUGCCCCGACUUUUUGCAACUCCUAAAUCUGAUAGAUAAAGAACCCCUGCCGCCGCAUGUCUUUUGUUGUUCUUGUUAGUGAAAUUGGGCUGUUUGUUUUCCUUUUCCUUGCUGUGCAAUGAUCUAAGGGUCUUCAAUCCUUAAUUAUAUGAAAAUUUUCAGAAUUUCAGAUCUGUUGGUUGAUCGAAGGGUCUGUGGAUAGAGAGUGACAAGAAAUGAACCCCUACAGCAUGUUGGAGUCUAUUCUCAGGGAUGUACUCGCAGUAAUAAAGCCUCAAAAGGAGGACUGGGAUACUCGAAGUAGAAUCAUUGACGAGUUGCGAGAUGUUGCUGGAUCUGUGGAAAGUUUGAGAGGUGCGACAUUAGAGCCAUAUGGAUCAUUUCUGUCUAACCUUUUCACUCGCUGGGGAGAUUUGGAUAUCUCGAUUGAGUUACCCAAUGAUUCGCAUAUCUCAUUAUCGGCAAAGAAACGCAAAAGGAGUUUACUUGGAGAUCUGCUGAGGGCCUUAAGACACAAAGAUCGAUUUGCAGGUGGAUGGCAAAGGUUGCAGUUGAUCCCAAAUGCGAGGGUUCCCAUUUUAAAACUUGAGAGUAUCUACCAUAGCAUCCGCUGUGAUAUUUCAAUCGAUAAUAUUCAGGGCCAAACUAAGUCUAAAUUUUUGUUUUGGAUCAAUAGCAUUGAUGGGCGCUUUCGUGAAAUGGUCUUACUGGUGAAGGAAUGGGCGAAGACCCAGAAUAUCAAUAACCCUAAGGCUGGGACAUUCAAUUCCUACUCCCUUAGUCUGCUUGUUAUUUUCCAUUUUCAGACAUGUGUACCUGCUAUUUUACCUCCUCUUAAAGAAUUAUAUCCCAGAAAUGUUGUUGAUGAUCUUACAGGUCCGAGAGAAGAUGCUGAGAAACGUAUUGCAGAAAUAUGUGGUGCUAACAUUCAGAGGAUCAUGUCAGACAAAUUCAGGCCUAUCAACCGAAGUUCAAUGUCUGAACUUUUCAUUUCAUUCCUUGCAAAGUUUUCCGAUAUAGAUUCAAAGGCGGUGAACCUAGGAGUCUGCCCAUUUACGGGGCAAUGGGAAGAUAUCGGAAGCAAUAUGAGAUGGAUGCCCAGAACAUAUGCAGUGUUUGUCGAGGAUCCUUUUGAACAGCCAGAAAAUACUGCAAGGACGGUGAAUGCUGGACAAUUGACAUGGAUAGCUAACGCAUUUCGGACAUCCCACCAUCAGUUAGUCCGCAAUCAGUCCCCGAGAAGAGUCCUUAGCAUGUUGGUCAGCGCACAGGCCUUUGCAGAAGUAGUAAGUACAUCAGUUCGGUACCAAAGCUACCAUUCGACAACUCAAUCACAGUUACAGAGGCCUGUGCACUCCCCUUCACAAGGGCAACAUCAGCCCCGUUACAAGAAGCCAGAAGGUAGCCAAAACAGUGUGACGGUGAGAAAACCGGUGCAGCAACAGAACCCUAGAGGCCAGCAAGUUUGGAGGCCAAAAUCGAAUGAAUCAAAGGCUUCAUAGGGUUUCUUUUGGCUGUGUUUUUGCUUCUUAUAGUGAGUGCAGUGUGUAAGCAAGUGCAAUGGCAUCUAGUUGGCUAAUAACUGGAGUACGUUGAUUCUUUGUAAUGUUUUCAAGCCAAUUGUACUGUCAAGCAAUUCAAUGUGAAUAUAAAUUGAACUUUUGAGUAUCAAUUUGAAUUUAAAAAAUUAUGCUUUUGUUUA